UGAGAACUGAGGUGAGCUUCAGUGCAUCUUACCAUCACAUCCAAGAGAGAAAGAAGAAAUGUUCUGCCUGAGGGACUUUACUGGUUUCUUCUCCUGCAUGGUCCUCCUCAUUGUCCACUCAAGUGUUGCUGGGGGUGCACUCCAUCAAGACAGAUGAAAAGAAUUCCAGGCAGCUCAUAGAGGUUGAGAAGCAUUUUCCUCAUCCCCACUAUGACCCAGAUGAAAUGGUCAAUGACAUCAUGUUGCUCAAGCUUGGCAAAGAAUCUGUGAAGGAAACCAAUACGGUGAAGUGUCUUAAGUUGGGUAAUGRCAUCAAAGACCCGCCAGCUGGCACCAGCUGUAUGGUGGCAGGAUGGGGCUACACAAACAACGAGGUUAAGAAAAUGUCCGACGUCUUGAUGUCCGCCAAUGUGACGGUGGUCGACAGAGAGAAGUGCAACUCUCCUCAAUAUUACAACAGAAACCCUGUGAUCACCAGUGGCAUGAUAUGUGCUGGUUCAGAUGGGAAAAAGAACACUGACACCUGUGCGGGGGAUUCAGGAGGUCCACUGAUGUGCAACAAGGUAUUAGCCGGAGUCACUUCUUUCGGACCUGAGAUUUGUGGCCAGAAAGAAAAGCCUGGAGUGUUCACGUAUCUCUCAGAGAAACAACUCAGCUGGAUCAAAGAGACAAUGAAGAAGUCUGAUAUUUAAUGAACACCCACUGUGAAGGAUUUUAUAUUUGCAACCAUGUUAAUCAAUUCUAUCUGGGGCUUUUUUUUYUGUGUMAUACGAGAGAGAUUUCUGCUUCUGCUGCAAUAAAACAGGCCAAGUUGAUAUUAUUCUUCAAUCUGAACUGAACAGACACUUGUUUAUCAUGAAAGCAAAUCUCCAAAGGGACAUUGUUGAGUCCUUCAACCAGACUGAUGUCAACAAGACACAUUCACCACUUUUAUGGCUCCCACAAACCUUCUUAAACAUAAAAUCACAUUCCAUCUUAAGAAAUGUGAAAUUAUCAUAUAUAUUUUUUUAUCUGCUCUUGCAACUGUCAAGAGUUUUAAUCAGUUUUCUAAAAUGUUCAUGCCUCUCCUUCUGAAUUGAGGUAUAGAGUAUUAUACCUCUGCAGUCACAGGGACUUARUAUCCAGGUGAUGUUUUUAAAAAGAUGAAGGUCUCUCGGAGGUGAGUCAUGACAAGAGAGGGAGGAUCACAUGAGGCAAGAGGAAGAGGAGGACGCCCGGGUUGCUGGAGACUUGGUGGGGGCGGGGCAGCAGUGUGCAGCUCAGUCAAACACAGCGUCUGCUCCAACAUUCGAUGAGUCUCAGCACUGAUGCCUGGAAAACAAAACACUGUAGUGAAGACAGAGACAGAGURUACGUUUCAUCAUGUCAAAGCUUUGUUUUGAGACCUUACUGUGUUGMGACCAGUGUCUCCAGACGUGCAGGUAUUCUGUGUCGUGUUCCAGCUCAGACACUGUGAGAAAUUAUGAAUGAAAUUCAGAAAUUUAACAGUGGCAACUUCAACGUCAAUCAGUAAAGCACAAACCUCCGUCAAGGUCCAACAGUCCAAUUAAAUCAAAUCAGGCUGCA